CGAUCGUCUACACUCAUUACGCCUACAAAACCACAGUCUCAUUGCGGAUAUCAACAGAGGACCCUCGCAUAAAGCGCAAUCAACAUGACGAGCACGAUCGGCAUCCCGAUUAAGCUCCUUAAUGAGGCUACUGGUCAUAUCGUGACGCUGGAGAUCACUUCCGGCGAGGUAUACAGGGGCAAGCUAUUAGAAGCCGAAGAUAACAUGAACGUCCAACUGAAGGAUAUCACCGUUACCGCUCGCGACGGUCGCGUCUCACAUCUCGAACAAGUUUAUAUUCGCGGUUCCCACGUGCGAUUCUUCAUCGUCCCUGACAUGUUGCGCAAUGCGCCGAUGUUCCGCUCCCGGGGUACUAGGGGUCGUGGUGUCGGUCUUGCACGCGGAAGGGCAACCGUGAACAGGGCGAGGGGAGCUCGUGGGGCCCGCUGAACGAAGAUAAAUGAGAAGGAACAGGAAAUUUGGAGUACGGGAUAUGGGCUUCAUUUGCUCCGCUGCAGGAGUAAUGAGACCCCUGCAAAAACGCGGAAUGCCAUGACGGGAUUGCUGGGCGAAGGCAUGGAAACAAUCAAGAGUAUGGAAAUGGUGUAAAGACCUGGAUUCAUGAUACCACUAGAGGCGAUUGAGCGCCACUGUUCA